AUGUCGGGAGAUCAGCACACUGAUAGCUCUACUCAAGAGAGAGGUGAUGAAGAUCAUGAUGAUGUAGUUGAUGCAAGGCCAGAUAGAAGUAGCAGAUUCUCACUGUUUGGAAAAAAAAAGAAGAAUGGAGAAGAACUGCCAAAACCCUCUCUCAGUAAUCAGUACCGAAUUGUUACACCCACAUUCCAGUAUAAUAUGGACUACAAAAAAGUUGGCAAAUGCAUUAUUAUAAACAACAAAAAUUUUGAAGACAAAACAGGAAUGGGUACACGCAAUGGCACUGAUAAAGAUGCUGGAGAUCUAGCCAAGAGUUUUAGAAACUUAGGUUUUGACGUUUGCAUAUACAAUGACCGAAGCCGUGAUGAUAUGGAAAAAUUACUGAAGCAAGCUUCUGAGGAGAAUCACAGUGAUGCCGCUUGUUUUGCCUGUAUCCUUCUAAGCCACGGGGAAGAAGGCCUCAUCUAUGGCACCGACGGACCCAUGGCUAUCAAGAGUUUGACUGCACUAUUCAGAGGAGACAAGUGUAAAAGCCUUAUAGGCAAACCCAAAUUAUUUUUCAUUCAG